AUGAUCGGAACCUACAACCCGCUGGCCGCCGCCAAACCGUUCGCCGAGAUGUCCCAGGAGGAACAGGCCGAGGAGGGCGCCAAGAAGAUGAUCGAGUUCAUGCAAUCGUGUCCCGGCAAAACGGCCAUGGCCGGGGGCUCAGGGUUCUUCCUCGGGGGGUUCUUUGGGCUCUUCAUGGCGUCCAUGGCCUACGACGUUCCCCUCGGGACAGACUCCGUCAAGCACAUCUCCGAACUCCCGUUCAAACAACAGAUGAAGUUGCAGUUCACCGACAUGGCCCGUCGGUCCUACAGCAGUGCCAAAAACUUUGGCUACAUCGGGAUGGUCUACUCUGGGGUUGAGUGUGCCAUCGAGAGCUUGCGUGCCAAGCACGACAUCUACAACGGGGUCUCUGCCGGGUGUAUCACCGGUGCAGGCUUGUCCAUCAAGGCCGGCCCACAAGCUGCCUUUGUUGGUUGUGCCGGCUUUGCGGCCUUCUCCACCGCCAUCGACUUGUACUUGCGCAGUGAGAGCGCUGCUCCUCCCAAGAACGACUACGACGACUAG